CUUCCAAUUAGCAAUGGAGAGCGCCUGGGAGAGCCGAGGAUAGAGAAAACGAAACAGAGAAGGCUGGAAUUGCUGCUUGUGGGCGGGAGCUCCGUUACCGCCCCGAGCUGAGAGCAACGAGCAGAGACCACUGCGGAGAGCUGCCAGCACCAGGGUCCAUCCAUCACACCUAGAGCAGCCAUCCCAAGAGUGUAGAGCUGCAGAAAGAGCUCAUCCCUUGGAGUGGUUUGAAAGAGCCUGCAGGGCGUUACCAUGUUAACCCAACUGCGGGCAGCCAUCACAGGCUACCUGUUGCUGAUUUUGCAGGUGUCCUUUGCAAUGCUGGAAAUCACAGAAAGAAGAUACACAGCGGAAGGAUCUUCCAUACUGAUGCACGCGCCGGAUAUCAAGAAUAUCAGCUUCAUCCAGUGGGAAUACUUGAGCCCCACCAGCUCCGCAUUAAUCCUGCAGCACUACGCAGAUUCCCAGUCUCUCACCAUUUACCCAGCGUACCAAGGCAGAGUGACUUUCUACCAGAAGAAUGGCUCAAUUCUCCUGCAGGGGUUAGAAGAGACAGACAGCGGCACCUAUAAAGCGACAGUUGAUCUGAUGCAGGAUAAAGCUAGGACAACCCUCCUUAAAGUUAUCAAGCCUGUGCCCCAGCCUGAGCUCCAGUGUACUUCAAACCUGGCAGGUUCGCCCAUCGAGCUGGUCUGCUUGGUGCCAGAGGGAGUAGAGGUUUUUUCCAUCUCCUGGAAGAAGGAUGGACGUCCCCUUCCUGCUGAAAAGUGCUAUCUGCUCUCUGAAAACAUCACUGUGCUGUGGAUAAGGAAUGGAGAGAAGUCAGACUGUGGCACCUACUCCUGCAACAUCAGCAACAUGAUAAGCUGGAAGGAGGCAACUCUGAAUCUGAUGGUGACAGGUCUCACACCUCCUCUACACCACGCACAGAGGCUGGUCAUCGUCGCGCUGAUGUUCACCACUGUCUCUGCCAUCAGCUUCAUUAUCCAGCUCUUUCACAGGUUCGAAGAAGCAAGGAAACCCGUAAUUCUGUUUGCCCAUGGAUUUUUGUGUAUCUCCUCUCUCCUUCUGCUUGCUGCCUCCAUCAUCUGGAUGCUGGAAGAAGGUUUUUCUGCUGCCUUCAUCUUGCUUGCCCUGUUCUGCCUUGUUGGGGUGAUAGGAAGUACCGAGGUUGCAGCAGCAGCAGUGAGACCAGCAUCUCCAAGAUACCACAAAAUCAAAAUAUGGCACAAAGUCAGCCAGAAUUCUACAGCCCCCACAACGCUGAUCGUCAACUUGUUGUUCACCACCCUUUUGCUCCACAACGUCCAGAAGCUCCAUGAGCGAGGCUGCUCAGAGGCUGUUCAUCUGACAGCCAGCUGUGGCUUUGCUGCUGUAGCAAUCUUCAUCAUGCUGCUGCUCCUUCUCCUGUGGUAUCACAGGAAUAAGCCAAAAGAGAAGACGACGAAUAUCACGCGUUUCACCUGGAGCACACAAGACACAACCAGCCCGGUGCUGGAAGAAACCCGAGGACAGAAGCAGGAAGAGGAGUAAAGGAUCGUCCCUUCACCAGCUGGAGUAGAGCCCCAUGGAGCUGGGAAGCUGCCAUCAGCUGAAACAAGGCGUCUGUAAGAUCUGCCUCUACCUUGACACCAACGAGACAAGGCUUUUGGCAAAGAUCUUGCCAAAACGCUGCCCCCAGGUCCCUAAGCAAUAGCUCCAGGUGACAAAUGAUGUGUCCUCCCUUCACUUUCCCUGCCCUCUAUUCAUAAAACCAAGGCUAAGAGAAAAUACGAGCAUCGCUCUUGCUAACACUGGCCAUCACCCCAGCAGGGGCAGCUUUUCCAUGAGCCAGAAGUUGUACCUGGGACCAAGCUGGAGCUUAACCAGCCUCACUAACACUGCCACACCACAUGCCUUGUUUUUUUAUUACAUUAAUGAGUCAACAAACAAAAAAAGCCCAAAAGUCAUGUGAAUGUCAAUCAAGGGGAAAAGCUGAUGCUCUGGAGCACUUCAAGGAAUUUGAUCCAGAAUGGGUUGCUGCCAAUAAUUAGUAUAGACAACUGCAGAAGAGCAGAUUGUCAGCUUUAGCUACUGGCCUGGUUAAUAUUUGUUCUGGUACAAAAGAUGUGCGGACCAUACUGUCCAAGCCCUGCUGGGAUGCAGUCCUGCCAGAGCCACCCUGCCUUUGCUUUUGCUUCUGAACCUUUAACCUGACCCUGGUUUGCUUUCAGCAGCACUCUUCAGUGUUGGCACCAAUGCAUGGUGCUGCUCUGGGUGCCACAUCCUCCUCUCACCUUGGUGAGUCUCCUUUUAAGGUGCAGAGAGGCAGGUGAGUGAUUCUCAGUAACAGCAGCUCCCCUUGGUUUUGGACUGUUCAGAAGGCUGGUUAGCAAAGUCCCAUGGGAGACAGUCCUUCAGGGCAAGGGAGCCCACGAGGGCUGGGCGCUCUUCAAAAAUGAAAUCCUAGCAGCUCAGGAGCAAGCAGUCCCCAUGUUCCGGAAAAGGAGCCGGUGGGGGAAAAAAACAGCUUGGUUGAGUAGGGAGAUCUUGAAAGACAUCAAAAAGAAGAGGAAUGUCUAUGAGCUUUGGAAGAAGGAACAGGCGUCUUGGGUGGACUACAGGGAGGAAGUGAGAUCGUGCAGGGAAAAAUCAGGAGGGCUAAGGCCCAACUAGAAACCAAACUGGCUAAGUCUGUAAAAGAUAAUAAAAAAUCUUUCUACAAAUACAUUAACAAGAAAAGGAGGACUGGGGAGAAUAUUCAGUCCCUAUUGGAUACAGAAGGAACAACAGUGACAAGGGAUGAAGACAAGGCUGAGGUACUUAAUGCCUUCUUUGCCUCAGUCUUUAAUAGUAAGGGAAGUUGUUCCCCCUGUGUACAAACCCAGGAGUUAGAGGAGCAGAAUGAGGCUCCCAUGAUCCAAGAGGAGGCUGUUAGAGACUUGCUUGCCCAGCGAGACACCCACAAGUCUAUGGGGCUGGAUGGGAUCCACCCAAGAGUACUCAAGGAGCUGCCGGAUGUGCUUUCCAAACCCCCUUUCCAUCAUCUUCAGCGGUCCUGGCUGACUGGGAAGUUCCACUAGACUGGAGGCUGGCUGAUGUUGUGCCCAUCUACAAGAAGGGUUGCAGGGAGGAUCCGGGGAACUCCAGGCCUGUCAGCCUGACCUCGGUGCCAGGGAAAGUCAUGGAACAGGUGAUCCUGAGUGCUAUCAUGAAGCACAUGCAAGAGAACCGGGUGAUCAGGCCCAGUCAACAUGGGUUCACAAAGGGCAGAUCUUGCCAAACUAACUUGAUCGCCUUCUAUGACAAAGUGACUCAACUACUGGAUGGGGGAAAGGCUGUGGAUGGAGUCUUCUUGGACUUCAGUAAAGCCUUUGACACAGUUUCUCACAGCAUUCUGCUUCAGAAACUGUCAGCCUCUGGCCUGGACUGGCGCACACUCUCCUGGGUUGAAAAUUGGUUGGAUGGCCCAGAGAGUGGUGGUCAAUGGAGUUAACUCCAGCUGGAGGCCAGUCACAAGUGGGGUUCCUCAGGGCUCGGUACUGGGUCCAGCUCUGUUCAAUGUCUUUAUCAAUGACCUGGAUGAAGGCAUUGAGUGCACCCUCAGCAAGUUUGCAGAUGACACGAAGCUGGGUGGAAGCAUCGAUCUGCUGGAGGGUAGGGAGGCUCUGCAAAGGGAUCUGAACAGGCUGAGACCAAUGGCAUGAGGUUCAACAAGGCCAAAUGCCGGGUCCUGCACUUGAGGCACAACAACCCUAUGCAGUGCUACAGACUAGGAGAAGUCUGGCUAGAAAGCUGCCUAGAGGAGAAGGACCUGGGGGUGUUGACAGCGACUGACCAUGAGCCAGCAGUGUGCCCAGGUGGCCAAGAAGGUCAAUGGCAUCUUGGCUUGUAUCAGAAACGGUGUGACCAGCAGGUCCAGGGAGGUGAUUCUCCCUCUGUACUCAGCACUGGUGAGACCGCACCUCGAGUACCGUGUUCAGUUCUGGACCCCUCACCACAAGAAGGAUGUUGAGGCUCUGGAGUGUGUCCAGAGAAGAGCAACGAAGCUGGUGAGGGGGCUGGAGAACAAGUCUGACGAGGAGCGGCUGAGAGAGCUGGGGUUGUUUAGCCUGGAGAAGAGGAGGCUGAGGGGAGACCUUAUUGCUCUCUACAACUACCUGAAAGGAGGUUGUGGAGAGGAGGGAGCUGGACCUUCUCCCAAGUGACAGGUGACAGGACAAGGGGGAAUGGCCUCAAGAUCCGCCAGGGGAGGUUCAGGCUGGACAUCAGGAAAAAUAUUUUCACGGAAAGAGUCAUUGGGCACUGGAACAGCUGCCCAGGGAGGGUGUGGAGUCACCUUCCCUGAAGGUGUUUAAGGAACGGGUGGGUGAGCUGCUCAGGGGCAUGGUUUAGGGAUUGAUAGGAAUGGUUGGACUUGAUGAUCUAGUGCUUCCUUUCCAACCUGGUGAUUCUAUGAUUCUAUGAUUCUUGUCUUAUUGCAAGGCAAAUCUUAGAAUCACAGAAUCACAGGGGACACUUCAGAAUCAAGCAGGGACAUCUUCAAUCAGAUUAGGUUGCUCAGAGCCCCAUCCUUAGCAUUUGGGUAGGGAAAAACUAUUCAAAAAAGGUGGAAAACAGACUGGGAAAGCAGGAAUUGGUGUGAGGUCUUGUCUCUUUCAGGUGGAGGAAGGGAGAACCAGCCUGGGAAAGCAAAAAUUGGUCUGAGAAAAAUAGAAAAUAGUGUUCCGUGUGAAACAGAAACUUCUGCUCCAAAUAGCGGUGUCCUACGCCCCCUCAUGUCACUGUGUUGUAAAAAUCACUUCCUUUCUAUCCAAAAUGGAGACUCCCCAGAGAAAACUUCUCUAUGGCACCCCCCUACUGACUCCUGAUUCCCUGGCAUGGAUCAUCCAGGCAGGGAGACUUUGUCCAUCACCAACUGGCCUCGCUCCUGGGAGUGAUUAGCUGAGCAAUAUACGGGUAGCAUUUCAAAUAAUCCAUAUACACGGGCUGGGCAGAGAAUGGAUUGUGAGCACCCCUGAGAAGGACUUGGGGUGCUGAUGGCGGAGAAGCUCAACACGAGCCAGCAACGUGCUCUCAUAACUGAGAAACCGUGUCCUGGGUUGCAUCCAGAGCAGUGAGACCAGCAGGGCGAGGGAGGGGAUUCUGCCCCUCUGCUCUGCUCUGGCGAGACCCCACCUGGAGCCCUGCAUUCAGUGCUGGAGUCCUCAGCCCAGGAAGGACAUGGAUCUGCUGGAAUGGGUCCAGAGGAGGCCACGGAGAUGAUCCAAGGGCUGCAGCACCUCCCAUAUGAGGACAGGCUGAGAGAGUUGGGGUUGUUCAGCCUGGAGAAGAGAAGGCUGUGGGGAGACCUUAGAGCAGCUUCCAGUGCUGAAAGGGGCUCCAGGAAAGAUGAGGAGGGGCUCUGGAUCAGGAAGCGCAGGGACAGAAUGAGGGGAACGGUUCUGAGCUGCAAGAGGGGAGAUUGAGAUGAGAACUUGGGAAGAAUCAGGGAUGGCUGCCCCAUCCUUGGAGGUGUUCAAGGCCAGGUUGGAUGGGGCUUUGAACCCCCUGAUCCAGUGGAGGUGUCCCUGCCCAUGGCAGGGGGUUGGAACUGGAUGGACUUUGAGGACCCUUCCAGCCCAAACCAUUCCAAGAUUCUAUGAUUCAUACAACAAAUUAAUCACAGAUGAGCUUAAUCAUAGGCAAUAAAACAG